UCAAACUAAUAAAAAGUUUUAAUUACUAAUAUACUAUUUACUCAUUUAAUUUUAAAAUAACAAACAAAAGAAUACAAAUGUAAUGAUAAAAUAAUUUAAUUUUCUUUCCUUCCUCCGUACCAAACAACAAAUGGAAAAAAGUCAUAAAUUUUUUAUCUCCCUUUUAUUUUUUCCUUCCAUUCUAAUCUCUUUCCUCCUUGCCACACAUACAAACAUAGCGUUAGAAACGCAAGUCGUAUAUAUAUUAUCAAAUAUCUGCAGUUGACUAGAGAGGUCAACCUUCACUUCAGAGACUCUGCUCCAGUUACUCCCUUCUUCUUCGUGGAACCAAUGCUUGUCUCAACAACUUUCGGGCUCCAUCACCUCAGGUGCCAUGGAUCCCGAUCUAGACGCUGUGCUUUUUAGCGAUGAGGGAGUCGGAGCUCAGAAGAGUAAACGUCCGAGAAUCCCGCGGAGGUCCGACCGACCAUCCAAGAUCCCCAUACGCCACGAGACGACCCCAACGUCCCAGACUACUGCGAGCACAACCGCGGAACCGAUUGCCCAGGUUGGUGCGUCUGGCUCAACCGCGCCCAUCUCGCUUCCUCCGACCGAAACUCAAAUAACAGUCGGUCGGCCCCCGAAGAAACCUUCUGUCUCCAAGGUUCAGCUGCCGACGGCCCGACCUCAUAUUGAGGAGUUCGUGCUUGAUGGUGUCGCUGGGACCCAAGGGGCUGUGCUCAGCUUGGAUGUCCUCUCUCGAGUGGGUCAGAGCUUUUCAGGCUUCGGCGCCGACCAUUGGGACCUCGUGCACAAGGCCUCGGACUGCAAUACUCUUUAUGACAAGAGUAUCGAACUCACUGCCGCGGCCCUUGUCGUUUCAGCGCAGCUUAACUAUAAGCUGACCAGCGAGGUGCACACGAGCAUGUCUCUGGCCCAAAAUUCGAAGGAUCUCCAGCUUAAGAUGGCGGACGAACUCAAGGACUCGAAGUCCGAACUUGAAAAAAUGAAAACCCGUCUCGAGGAGCUGGAGAAGGCGAAUGCCGAGCUUGAACAGGCGAAGACUUGUCUUGAGAAGGCUAAUGCUAAGCUUGAAGAGGAGAAAUCUGCUACCUUCGACAUCAUGGAGAGCGAGAAGGCCCGCCUCUUGGACGAGUUUAAAGAGCAGAAGGAGAAAGCGGUCGACCAAGCCAUGUACAAAAUUUGGGCUGAUAAUGCCGACCUUGACACCAGCUUCCUGGGUCCUCUCGAGGCCAAGUAUGUUAAUCGGUGGAACGCCCGUCUUGAGGCGAGUGUAGCUGCUCGAGAGGCUGCUCAGAAGGAUAGUCAUGCUAUUCGUCCUAGGGGGUCCGGUGCGACUGAUGCUGAGAAGGCCAAGGAGACUCCUCUUCCUUAAAUCUGAUCUCGGGGAAAUCACUUAUUGGGGCUGCGUCCCCUUAUUCUUGUAACUUUUAAUUUAUGCCCAUGGGGCUGAUACAAUUUCUUUUAACAUUGACUUUUAUACGCUUUACAUUUCUUGGCUCGAAACAUUUUGCACAUUUUAUAUGGAUGAAUCAUUUAUGUUUAUUUAUU